CUCGGGCAAGGUUACAAAUAAUCAAUGAAAUAACUAAUUGUUUUUUAUAUUCUAAGACUGAUGUUACCAUAUUGAUAUUUUAAGAUAAUCAGACAAUGAGGAACACAAGCGGUAGAUUUCUAAUUUGGUUAAUAUUUGGUUUCUUUAUUUUUACUAUAUUUUCAAUAUACUUUGCUCACAUAUUUGAUAUACAACAAGAACCAUUAAUUCAGGAGCACAAUAGUUCAAGCACAAGUUUUUCUCACUUUGCUGGGUUGGUGUUAGCAAGAGGUGGUAGUAAAGGCUUACCCCACAAAAAUGUUGCUAAGAUUAAAAAUAUAACACUCUUGGGUAGAGCCUUACGUACUAUGACUGAAUUUGGAAAAUUUGAUAGCAUUUGGGUGUCUACUGAUGAUAUUGUGAUUGCAAAUGAAGCCAAAAGAGGUAAAGCUUCAGUACAUUGGAGACCGUCAUACACAGCUUCAGAUUCUGCAUCCACAGUCGUAGCUGUAAAUGAGUUUCUCGAAAAGCAUGAUGAAGUUACAAAGAUUGGUGUUAUUCAGUGUACUUCACCAUUUUUAAAAGUUGAAUAUCUAGAAGAGGCAUACAGAAAGUUAAAUAACAACAUAGAUUCUGUAUUCUCUGUAACAAGGCAACAUAAGUUGAGAUGGGGCUAUAAUUCAUCUGGACAACUUCAACCAGAAAAUUUUGAUCUUCAUCACAGACCAAGGAGGCAAGAUUGGGAUGGAGAGCUGAUUGAAAAUGGAAUGUUUUAUUUCACUGAUGCAUUUAUGUUGAAACAUUCUAUGAUUUUACAAGGAGGAAAAUUGGGAGUUGUAGAAAUACCUGCAAACCUAAGCCUUGAAAUUGACACAUUUAAUGAUUUGGAAGUUGCUGAGAUAUUAAUGAAUUCUUUUGAAGAUUCAUAGGUAUUUAUUAGCCUGUGAUAUUUUAAGGUUUUUCAUUGGGCUUGGUGCUUGAGCUCGCAUUCAGCUUGUAACAAUAUGGUGUCCAUAUGCAAUUUUUUUAUUAUCACACCAAAUGGAGAAAUCAGGAAGGAAAGAUGGUAAUGUAUAGAUGAGUUGCAC